AUGUACCUAUCUAGGGGUGUUAGAGUUGGUGUUUACUCCCCCUGGAUUUCACAUUUGCUCUUUGCGGACGACUGCAUUGUCUUCUCAGAAGCAUCGCAAGGAGGGGCUGGUAGAUUGAUGGAGGUUUUGAAUAGAUACAACCAAGGCUCGGGACAAUUAGUAAACAAAGAAAAGUCUGCUGCUUUCUUUAGUAAGAAUUGUUCCCAGGAUACAAAGACUGAAGUAUGCCAGGAGUUGGAUAUACAUAAGGAGGCGCUGGCAGAGAGAUACCUUGGCUUGCCAACAGAAUCGGGAAGGAGUUUGAGUGGUUUAUUUGAAUUCCUACCGGCACAGGUUAGAAGAAGAGAAGCGCUGCAACAUGGGUUGAUUAAGAGAGUGGUUGAUGGAAACACUACUGAAAUCUGGAGAGACAGGUGGAUUGCAAACCACUUUGAUGGCCGACCGAUUACUCCCCAGGAAGACCAGGUUAUUACAACGGUUUCAGAGUUACUGAAUGCGAAUGGUGAUUGGAAUAUAGAGACAGUCAGGGGCUGUUUUCUCAAAAUAGAUGCAGAAGCAAUCCUCAGGCUUCCGGUAGGACAAGGUGAUCAUGAUGUCUGGGCCUGGGAUAUGGAAAAAUCCGGGAUUUACUCGGUUAAAACUGCAUACAAGCUUCUGUACAAGAUCAAAGUGGAAGAUCAAGAUUGUGGUGAUCCAGAAGAAUCUAUCCAACAUGCGCUGAUAGGGUGUUCGGUGGCCAAAAGAUUUUGGCAUCAAGUCCGGCUGGGGACAGGGGUGAAAGUUCCAGGCCUGAACCCGGAGACUUGGGCCACUGAUAUCAUCUCGGGCAUCUGCUCUGAACGGGACAUAGCGAUCAUUCUCUGUAGUAUGCGGGCUCUAUGGAUGAUGAGAAACAAGAGGCGCCAUGGUGAGCAGCCGAUGAACGAUCACCAAGCUGUGACGUGGGCGAGAGACACAGCGCAUGACCUAUGGUAG